UGUAUAAAUACAGAGUGAAGAUGCUGAGGUGAGAGGGCAAAGGCAGGCUCUGGGGGUGAUUGCUGCUAAUCAGAAAAACCUCGCCAAGAUGGGAGCCGAAGCCUUGCCUAGGAAUGACGAGAUUGCUGCUGCUGCUGUCUCUUCUCAUCCUCUCAUACUUGGUCUCCAGCCAGCAGCUCUUGUCGACCACGUGGCACCUGUUGAUUGGUCUUUGCUUGACCAAAUCCCUGGUGACCGUGGUGGCUCAAUGCCUGUUGCAAUUGAAGAGCUUGACCAUAUACUAGAAGCGGUGAAAGCACAUAAGCUUGCUUCGCCUGAUGAAUUAUCUCCUAUGAAGACCAUGGCUGGCGGAAGCGUAGCAAAUACCAUUAGAGGACUGAGUGCAGGCUUUGGAGUCUCUUGUGGGAUUAUUGGGGCAUGUGGGGAUGAUGAGCAAGGCAAGUUAUUUGUGAGUAAUAUGAGCUUUAGUAGAGUGAAUCUUUCGAGAUUGAGGAUGAAGCAGGGACACACAGCUCAGUGCAUUUGCAUGGUUGAUGAAUUAGCCAAUCGUACAAUGCGACCCUGCCUCUCAAGUGCUGUCAAAAUUCAGGCGGAUGAAUUGACCAAGGAGGAUUUUAAAGGCUCCAAGUGGUUGGUGCUGAGAUAUGCAAUAUUCAAUUUGGAUGUUAUUCAAGCAGCUAUUCGGAUUGCAAAGCAAGAGGGUCUUCUUGUCUCAUUGGAUUUAGCCAGUUUUGAGAUGGUUCGAAACUUUAGAUCAUCUCUUCAACAGUUACUGGAGUCUGGGGACAUAGACCUCUGCUUUGCUAACGAGGAUGAAGCAAUGGAGUUGUUGAGGGGUGAACAAACUUCUGACCCUGAGGCUGCUGUGGAAUUCUUGGCCAAACAUUGCAAGUGGGCUGUUGUUACUUUAGGUGCUAAUGGUUGCAUUGCGAGGCAUGGAAAAGAGAUUGUCCGAGUUCCAGCUAUCGGGGAAGCAAAGGCUACUGAUGCCACUGGAGCAGGAGAUCUCUUUGCAGGUGGGUUUUUAUAUGGACUGAUCAAAGGACUGUCUUUGGAGGAAUGCUGCAAAGCCGGUGCCUGUAGUGGUGGCUCUGUCAUCCGUGCACUCGGGGGUGAGGUAACCCCAGAGAAUUGGCAGUGGAUGUAUAAGCAGAUGCAGAUCAAGGGCCUCCCUCUUCCUGAUAACCGCAAUUGAUGUCACACCUAUUAUAGGAUUGAUUCCCCCCUCUCUUGUCAAGCACUGUAAUUUUUCACCCUCUAAAGGGACAGGCAGCUGCUGUUGCACUUUGGGCUAAUUUUAUGAACCCAAGACAAACCAUUUCUCCACGGACAGCACACCAACAUAAGCGUUGUUGUCUCUAGAUUCAAUAGAGUUCGUUCUGAGAAACCUGGGUCUAACUGAGCUUUCUUAUCCUCUUUAUAUCUGCUGCAUGUAUUUAACAAAGACAGCAUGGACAAUGACAACGACCUGGCUUUGAGCUGAGUA